AGUUUAGUGCCCGUUUGGUGCCCUCAAUUUCUGUGACAUAGAUACUUCACUAGGAAACGAGAAUUGCGCUCGCAUCCAUGAGCGACUUUCGAUUAAUCGAUUAUCUUUCGACUCUCGCCAUCACUGUCUGUAGUAUGCACACAUGCGCACAAAGUGUUGGCCCACGAGAUUUGUUCAUCCAUCUCUCGUGAUCUCUCGUCGUAGAGAGAACGAGGAUAUAUCGAGUGUCAAAUUGGUCAAAGUUUUUCACAUCAUUUUGAUUUUAAUAUUUUAAUCGACUGCAGAAUUUUAUUACAAUAUAUCCCAGGAUGUCCACGAAAUCCUCAGUGGACUUGCGAGCCGAGUUGGCGGAAUUAGUAAAACGCAAAGCUGAAAUCGCUGACACAUUAGCCAAUCUAGAACGUCAAAUAUAUGCCUUUGAGGGAAGCUAUUUAGAGGAUACGCAAUUGUAUGGAAACAUAAUAAGAGGUUGGGAUAGGUAUUUAGCAAGCAACAAAAACACUAACAGUAAAGCCGAUAAGCGCAAUAGAAAAUUCAAAGAAGCCGAAAGAUUGUUUUCCAAAUCGUCUAUCACAUCUAUGGCAGCUGUUAGUGGACUAGUAGAGAAUACACAAGAAAAAAUUGAACGGUACAGCGAGUCGGAAUCCCAGAUCGGGAACAGCGGUAGCGAGGACAAUUGCAACUUUGGCAAUUCGAACACACUGUCUUCUAGCAAUAACAAAGAAUCUAGCGGGAAAAAUCACACUUCCAUCCAAACUGGAUAUGUGCAAAAUAACGGGACUCUCAGUAACACGGAUAACGCCUCGAUUCAGUUUACGAACGGAUCGAUGUCCAACGGUAACCUGGAACACGUGGCCACACCCGUGAAAGAGUGCCACAGUAACAGCAAAGACUCGAACAAAAAUAAAUCUACGAAUAGCGCGAAAAAGAACAGCAAUAAACGAUCUAGGAAUAGGUAGAAAUUGCUUUAACCUUUGACGUCUCAAUGUGUUUCAUUUUUUUUGUGUUAUUGUACAUGUAUUACUUCGUUCGUUGGCGUCCCGUAAAACUGACGUUGCAUUCGUGUCCGCGCAUUUUUCGUUUUUCGUAUUUUCCUUGUAUUUAUGUGUCACACAAAGAUCGAAACACGUUAACAUGAAGCACAGAUACUCAGCACAGUUGUAUAUAAUCAGCAUUCACAUUUUACCAUUAGCUCGCGUAAUGAGGAUGUAUGAUUAAAUUGAUACGUCCAACUUUGCACGCUGAUUAAAUUAAUUUCCCUUCCGCACUGCGUAUACCUGUGUAUUAAUAAUGAGCACGUAGCGAAGUUAGUGUACAUUCCACAAGAAUGUUAUAUAUGUAUAUUUAUGAAGUUUCUUACAGUAUUGAUUGUUGAGCAGCUAUUUUUAAAUUUCUCGAACCAAACAAAAACGGAAAUGUAGAAAGUAUGUUGGGAGUGACGCGACUUAAUGAGAAUAUAUUCUUUUAAUA